AUGAACGACUAUAGACCCAAUGCACCAGCACAAGCAAUCCGUCUUCUGCACCUUCUUCCUAGAACCAGUUCUGGAAUGCUUUCUGGCAAGCUAAAGAAAGUGUCCAUCGAUGCUACGCCUACAUUUGUUUCGAUAUCCCAUGUAUGGGGUAGCAAUCUUGCAGAGGCUCGUAUGCAGGUUGACUCGGGCAGUGGAAACAAGUUUGUGCCAAUAUCGAGAAACCUGGAGUCUCUUUUGCAGUCUCUGCUUAGCCAUAGCUCAGAUACCUUGCCUCAACUCUGGCAAAGUGAGCUAUUACUUCCCAUGUGGAUAGAUAUGGUCUGUAUUGAUCAAGCGGAUGAGGGCGACAAGUCGUCCCAAAUUCCACUUAUGCGUCGCAUAUAUUCACAGUCAAAAAUUGUUCUCAUCUGGAUCAAUGAGUCAGACGGCCACCUUCGCUACGCAUUUCAAUAUCUUCGUCAUAUUGCAAAGUCUAGGUCCUGUACUGGCAAAGAUGAACUUUGGACACUAUUCGAUCCAAUGGGCUGGGAUGCUUUGAUAAGGCUCCUGGGGUGCGAUUGGUUUCACAGGAGAUGGGUCAUUCAAGAGGCAGUUCUUUCAAAGGAGGCCAUCUUUUUAUGUGGUCCGGAUGUCAUGCCAAUGGAAGAUCUAUUCAAUACGGUCAACCUCGUAACGAGUGCCUUGGUGAGUCGCCCGAGUGUCGCCAAGGCCCUCAAGGCUGCAAAUGUGGGCUCGAUCAGACCAAUCCUGGUCCUGAAGCAACUCAAGCAAACACUCCAUAGGGAUCAGGGCCAGCAGAGGCUUCUGUGGUUAUUGGAAAACUUACGUACCACCAGAGCAACCGUGAUGCAUGAUCAGGUGUAUGGGCUUCUUGGUCUAUGUAGCCCGGAAGAGGCUGCUAGUAAUCCAAUUCGAUACGAUCUUGGGCCACAGGAGAUCUUUAGGACUUGUGUCGAGCAGCAUGCGCGCCUCUACAACAAUUUGGACUUCCUUGGUCUCUGCACGCCUGCGCAGAGGAACAAUACAAGCCCAGAAACGCCAUGUACAUGGCAUCGAUCUUCUAAAUGGCCGUCUUGGGUGCCUAAUUGGGGCUCAACACGUCUUCGACGUUGUUUAGGCCCCCACGGGGUGGAUCAAGAAGGCAAUUUUAAUGCCUCUGGCUCAAUGGUAAUUAAUUAUUCUUUCAAAGGAGACGAAUUGGUCGUUUCAGGUAUCUUGAUCGACAAAAUUCGGGACCUAGGGGACUUCUGUGACUCAUCUCGACGUGCUGAGCUGUCAGACCCGAAUUCCAUGCUAUUCCAGCAAUUUUUCGAGUUUUGGAUGAACUCAGCAAACGGGAGCAUAACAACAGUAUACGGGGACAGAGAGAGCCAAGCCGACGCAUUUGCGCGUACCAUGAGCCUACUUGGAAUAUACCUGAACCCAGUGCCUGCAGCAAACAUGGUCCCAACCAUGUUCUACAAAUGGUGCAAGGAUUCAAAAUUGGGCAGACAACUGCAACAAUUUGUUUGUGGAUCUAGGAUACCCUUCGAGGCACCAUAUGAAAGAUCAUUUAUAAGGAUGAAACGCUUGCUGUCAUGGCAACCAUUUGUCACAGAAAAGGGAUAUUUUGGACUUGCCAGGGAGCAAUGUAUGGUGGGUGAUGAGAUAUGGCUUAUAGCUGGUUGCAACGUUCCAAUUACUCUUUCAUGCCCCAGCAAGAAGCAAGGCGGCAGUACUAUGGAAGUUAAGGGGGAAUGUUUCCUUGAUGGAUUUAUGUUUGGUGAAAUAUGGGCGGGCUCAACAAGAAACGCGCCAAAGCCUCAAGUAGUGACUCUCGUAUAG